CUAGACCAAAGGGCCUCUUAGGAGCUUCUCCAUUCUGUUAGCUCUCAGCAACAGCGGAGGCGAGACUGGCACCCAGCACCCAGCAGGACGCCUGUGGCCUCUGCUACUGACUGACCACAUACCCACCCUGGUACCAUGGAGUCCUUCAGCUCAAAGAGUCUGGCACUACAAGCAGAGAAGAAGCUGCUGAGUAAAAUGGCUGGUCGGUCCGUGGCUCAUCUCUUUAUCGACGAGACCAGCAGCGAGGUGUUAGAUGAGCUUUACCGCGUGUCCAAAGAGUACACGCACAGCCGGCCCAAGGCACAGCGGGUGCUCAAAGACCUCAUCAAGGUGGCUGUCAAGGUGGCCGUGCUGCACCGCAGUGGCUGCUUUGGCCCUGGGGAGCUGGCUCUGGCUACACGCUUUCGCCAGAAGCUGCGGCAGGGCGCCAUGACCGCGCUCAGCUUUGGUGAGGUGGACUUCACCUUCGAGGCCGCUGUGCUAGCGGGCCUGCUCAGCGAGUGCCGGGACAUUCUGUUGGAGCUGGUGGAGCACCACCUCACCCCCAAGUCACAUGACCGCAUCAGGCACGUGUUUGAUCACUACUCUGACCCUGACCUGCUGGCAGCCCUCUACGGGCCUGACUUCACUCAGCACCUGGGCAAGAUCUGUGACGGGCUCCGGAAGCUGCUGGAUGAGGGGAAGCUCUGAGGCCCCAGAGCCCAGCACACUGGACUUUGGCAAAAAAUGACUGACCGGGCUUUCUAACCCCGCUCAAGUGCUUUUCAAUCCCCUGGCUUCAUUCUCCCCCAAGGCUGUUGUUGACGCCCCGGCCGCUCCCACCCCCCAACUGCUGGCAGAGCACAGCAAUGGGCCAACUGGGGCGGCUCUCCCAUCCCGUGCCAGCAAAGGAAACAGCUGAUUGAGGAAGAUGAAGUGAAACUCGGGUCUGCUUCUCCCAGGAGAACUGCCCGAAACGGGAUCCUCCUCUUCCACGAACCCAAGGAAGGGGGCACGGAAGGCCAGAAGCAGGAAGGUGGCUGUCAGAGGCCUCUAGACCUCCUAGAGCUGGAGGAGCCCUUGGACACAUACCAGAGGCUGGGUUCCAAAGUCUCUAGAAGGAGCUGGGGGAGGGGAGGCACAGGGGAAAUAAAACCACUAAAACACG